AUGUCGAUUUCCGCGCACCUUAACAAUGAUCCAUGGAUCGACUACGAUGCCAUAGCUGCCAAGCAGUCGGACCUGAAAGACAAGGACGAAGUCCGAUUUCUCGUUAUUGGGGGAGGUCAUGCGGCCUUGUCCUUUGCAUACCGCAUGUGCGAUGUGGAAGGAUACAUCUACCUUCCCGUGUUGGAGGAGACCGGAUACGUCCCUAAACACAGGUACUCCUACGGCGCAGAAAUUCGACCCAAGCACACGGACAUCACAUUUACCGUCCAGGCCCAGUUUGUCUUCGCUUCAAGCGGUCCUUUUUUCGUCCCUCGAAUUCCCCGGCCCCCGGGGUUUGACCUCCAAAACAACUACGUUUUCCACGUUUUUCGGUGGAGCUACAAGUGUACGGGCGGGCCACGAGAGAACCAGAAUAUGACGCUCCUAAAGGAUAAAACAGUGGUAGUUGUCGGUACCGGCGCAACAGCUGCGCAGUGUUCCGCGGAAUCGCAAAGUGGGCCAAGCAUCUCUACGUUUUUCAACAUGAGAGAGAAUUUUAACCAUUUUAUCACCAACGACCCGGUUCCUGUGGACAUUUCUGAACGACGGCUGGAUAGACACACGCUCAUUCUAUGCCGAUUCCUUAAUACGAACUCACAUCGAGAAUCAGGUAGACAACAAGGGGUGGGCCGAGGAAUUGAAGCCUGGUAUCUUGGAUGGUGCAGACGACCAACUUUCUACGACCACUACCUAGCGACAUUUAACCAAUCUAAUGUGACGUUGAUUGACACUAACGGGAGGGGGCUGGAAAGCUACACCUCAUCAGGGAUCGUUGCUGGUGUUGUGGGGUAUAAAGUCGUCAUCCUUGUUCUGGCCACUGGGUUCUCGCCUAGUAGAGCCCAGGACAAAGAUCUCGAAGACAGCCUUGGAGCUCCAAUCAUUGGACGGAAUGAGAAAUGGGCUGCUCCUGACGUGGGAACAGUGUUUAGUAUCAUAACUGUAAAGCUCCCCAAUCCCUUCCUCCCAGAUGGUACGGCUUCUCCAAAUCUAUCUUCCGCUUAUGAUCUCGCCGCGAGGCUGUCAGCGGACCUGAUAAAGAGCACUAUGAUGAAGAGAGAUAACCCUCCAAAACUCACCAUCGAGCCAAAGAAAGAAGCCAAAUCCCCGCGAAGAGAUAGCCAAAAUCUCAGGAAAGCCCCGUGGGGAGAAGAGAUUGCCAAAUAUCAGCUUAUGGUGGAGAGUCUCCAACGGGAAAACAGGCUAGAUAGCUUUGAGAUUGCAUCCUAG